UAACGAAAAAUCGUAUAUGCCCUGUACUAUUUUUAUAAUUUCAAGAGAACUUUAAAACAUUCAUGAUAUAAAUAAACGAACCGUUUCUAAAGUUUUCGUACUCGAUUCCAAGCAACGAAUUAAUUGCACUGUGCUCUCACGAGUCAUGUUACUGUCCCUGCCCAUGUGAGGAGUUUGCACUGUACUUCGCCAUGCUUUUGCAGCGCAGUGAAGUGUCCCUGGCGAGAUUCUCUUGUUGAUACGACCAUUCACUGUAAAAGGGAGAGAUUCGUGUUUGAAUUUGAAAAAGAACCUCUGACCAUGAACACCAUUAAUAACACACGCUGUUGGUACAUAAAUUUGGUGUGUGUAUUAACCGAUGCUUGAGUGUUUACACAGAGACAACGAAGUUUGAGAGUGUGUAUACUUUGAGGAGCUUUGCGCGAGUGAGAGUUGUGUCUGUGUGCUGAAGUUUUCUGUUGAGAGUGAGCAGCUGUGGAUACCUUCAUCUGAGGUUUUUGUAAUGAUAAGGUGCAUUUGGUAAGCAGGUGAAGUAUUUGGUAAGCUACGGAGGUGAAGUGAGGGAUAAGUACCCUGUUCAGAGCAUCUUUCACGUUGAAAAAGCUUGGUGGGUGUAUGUUAAUAAUUUUUUACCAUUAACUGGUUGAGCUUCCAAACUUGCUGUGUUGAGUCACCGUGGAGUUCAUUGAAGACGCAUGGUGUAGAGUGAAUUGAAGGUUCUUUUGGAAUUGUCACUCAUUUUAUUUGAAGACAAUUGAAAUUAGUAUCUAAUUGGGAUCUUACUCUGAGUGCGUAUUGAAUCUUGCUUGAAAUCUUGGUUCAAAGCUUUAUAAGUGUCUUCAAUAGAUGGAAGAAGAAAUAGAUUUAUCAAAUUUGGACCGUGAAGAUAUAAAUAAUGAUGUGGUUGGUGUAGACUUCAAUAUUAUCGCAACGAUACAUCAACAAUUACAAAUAACCACUUCAUUGGCUGCACUAACAAUGUUAUGCAUUGUUGGACAUGCGUUGAGUAUCUUGAAUAUGUACUCGAGUGAUUCGAGUAGUGUAAGCAAUUUCCUACCAGACAGAGAUCGUCGUAGGGAGCAAUUAAUGUCAUAUCUUGUGCAUGCUAAUCGGUGCCGUGACAUUAUUAGGAUGGGUCCAGAGGCAUUUAUUAAUCUUUGUGAGAGACUAAGAUCAACUGGGUUAGUUAAGGACGUCAUUCGGUUGACAGUGGAGGAACAAGUUGCUCAAUUUCUUCAUAUAAUAGGCCAUAAUGUUAAGAAUCGAAGUGUUGCAUCUUUCUUUCAUCGAUCUGGGUCGACGGUUAGCAAUCACUUUCAGAAUGUGUUAGAUGCUAUCAUAACUUUGGAAUCAGAAUUUCUAAUUCAACCCUCAGGAAAUGAGGUUCAUCCAUAUGUCUUGAACAACAAUCGAUUUUACCCGUACUUUAAGGAUUGUCUAGGGGCCAUAGGCGGUACUCAUGUUCGUGUAAAGGUGCCAAGAUCUGAUGCUGCGAGAUUUCGAGGAGGAAAAGAUUGGCCAACUCAAAAUGUGUUUGCGGCGUGUGAUUUUGACAUGAAAUUCACCUAUGUUCUAGCUGGGUGGGAAGGCACUGCAUCUGAUUCAAGAAUUUUAAAAAAUGCUCUUGAUCGAGAUGAUCCAUUGGUUAUCCCUCAAGGAAAAUACUAUCUCAGUGAUGCUGGAUUUAUGUUGAAAAGCACAAUUUUGACUCCAUAUAGAGGCUUCAGAUAUCACCUUAAAGAAUAUACACGAGGACCACAAAAUUCACGUGAAUUGUUUAAUCAUCGACAUUCAUCGUUGAGAAAUGUUAUUGAAAGAACUUUUGGUGUGUUGAAAAAACGAUUCCCUAUCAUUGCAAGUGGCACUGAACCACCCUAUGGAUUGGAAACAAUGACAGACAUUAUAUUAGCUUGUUGUAUCUUACACAACUUCCUUCGUAGCGUGGAUAACGAUGACUCAUUACUUGAUGAAGUUAAUAAUGAGUUGAAUGAAAGGGAAGACCAUAAUGUUUCAUCGUCUCAAGUUAGAGAAGAGGAUUAUAGGAUUGGUAGUAGUAUCAGGGAUUCCAUAACAGAUCAUAUGUGGCGAGAUUAUCAAAACUCUUAGUUAUGGUAUUUUAUUAUGUUGUAUGACUAUUUUAUGUUAUGGAUAUGACAAGAACUUGGUUUUAUAGAUGUUUAAUCUUUACUUCUUAUCA